UCCAUAAUGGUAUCGUCCAAAGAUGGCGUCCUCCGUGUUGAAGCGAUGUGUGACUGCAGUUGUCAAAGUUAAACGUUUUUCUCCGUCUUUUUCAGCCAGAAGAUGGUUGUUGUCAGCAGCUUACAGCGACAACAAAGUGUGGGAGGCGAGGGAGAAACAUCCUCACUCGCUGGCUGAACUGGCUGCUACUAUGGACAAAAUAUAUGAGAGGAAACUCCCAGUCAGCUCUCUUACUGUGUCGCGGUUUGUUGACAACAUAUCAUCUCGGGAGGAAGUUGAUACAGCAGAAUAUUACCUUUACAAGUUCCGUCACAGUCCAAAUUGUUGGUAUCUUCGAGACUGGACCAUUCACAGCUGGGUCAGGCAGUGUCUGAAGUACGGAGCCAGGGAGAAGGCCUUGUACACGAUUAAAAACAAGGUCCAGUUUGGAAUUUUCCCAGAUGACUUCACCUUCAAUCUGCUCAUAGAUUCUUACAUUAAGGAUGGAGACUUUCAAAACGCGUGCUCUGUGGUUGAAGAGGUGAUGCUUCAGGAGGCCUUUGACCUUCCCUCCACCCAGAUUCUCUCUCUGUACACUCUGGGCACGUUCCUCUCCACCAGACCACAGCUCACUGUGUCACAGCAGCGAGCACUGGGAGCAUCACUCCUCAUCUGUGGACUAAAUCAAGAAAACACCAUCGGCCUCAAUGCUCAGCUACUUGGCAACACUCUCUUAGGCAAAGUAGAGUUUUUAAAGGGCAUACAUGCUGUGUUCAGAGGUAUGCCUCUCUUCUGGGGUCGGGGAUAUCUGGGCCGAGCACUGGCUGUCAUGGAGAAAGUAUCUGCUGCGGCUUCUGGUGAUAUCAAGCUGUCCAAAGACACACUGGACUACUUGAACGACGUGCUGCAGGAACUGUCCUCCACCUCAGACUCUGAAUCCUCCGGAGAGGAGUCCGAAGGUGACGAGGACAAGAAGACGGAAGACGCAGUGGAUGAAGAGGAUGAGGCUGAGCGGGCUCAGCUCCCUCAGUAUAUCAGCAGAUUCAAGGAACUAAACAGCCUGCUGGAGUCUCAGGGUAAAGUGGAAUCUGCCUCCUUCAAGGAUAUAGUGACCGGUUUUGCCCAGCAGAACCUGGCUGCUGCAGAGAAAGUGGACCUGGAGGAGUACGAGGAACGGCUGCAGGUCUGGGAGGCUGAGAGGAGGCAGCUGAGCCAAAGAGAAAAGGAGUUGAAGGCCAUUGCUGAACAGGAGAAACGGGAAAGGUUAGCUGCCAGGGCUGCGGCUCAGCAGGCAUAAAGACACUGAGUAUGUACGUUUAAAACGCGUAUACUUAGAAGAUAAAGAUUUUUGUUUUUGUAAAACUGUGAAAUACCAACCAUAUCAUCUAAUUUUGUCAGUAAUAAUCAUCAUAUGCCAGUGUAUUGUCACAAUAAAAUAAAGUUCCAUUUUCAUUUGUGUCAGAAA